UACCUGAAGUGUUUGUCACUCUUUCUGAAUUUUGGAGUGGUUCCGGUUCUGUUUUAGGAAACUUGUCUAACGCACCCUUUCCUACUGUUAAAAAAGUUACAUCGACUGGAAAGGACUCUCUUUUUUUUGUAACACGCAUCUAUUGUUUACUUUUGGAGUGCUUCCAUAUACAAACACGCCAUGAACUGACAGUGUCCUUUACUUCUUUACUUGAUAACGAACAAUGCUGGACAGAUGUUGCGUAUGCUGUGCUAAAUCGCAUUCGUUUACCUGAGCAGUUAUCGGAUGAAAUCAACCACCACGUUUCCCCUUUCUGUAAAUCCCAUGGGUUAAAUGUGGAAGAAGUUUUAGUUGCUUAUAUUCAUGAUGUGGUAGCUCAAAUCGAUGCAGAUAUGAUCUUUUGUAGUGAUAAAAUCAUUGCUGCGAGACUUCAUGAACAAGAAAGACGCGUCGUAGCACUUUUAUACUGUCUUCAAACCGAUCAUAUGCAAGCACAAUGUUUGUUAUGGUUUCUUCAUACGUGGUCUCCAGAUUGGUGCUUUGUAUCGCUUGAAGACUUGGGUUUAUUACCAUUACUCAAUCAUUUAAAAAAAAGUCAUAGCCUAGUCGAGAAUCCGAUUCUUCAUGAAUUACAAUCGGCUAUCAUGUUGCGAGAACUCCAAAGUUUUUUGGGAAAAUAUAAUAUUCGAGUGACUGUCUCUCUCCUUACAAAAACUGCAGACGCUAUUUGUUUAAUUACGCAUUUAGCAUGUUUGAUUUCUUGGAAAAAAGUUUCGUUUACUGACUCUUUAAAAGUUGUACGUCUUUUACGCCCUUAUAUUGGGAUGGUAGUAGAUAAUAAUUAUGUGGCAUUUUUACGCCUACAAAUGAUGACUUCAGUAUCCAACCGUCCCUUAAUAACGCAUAUUGCUUGUACAUUUCAAAAUAACGCGUUGCAAUGCGUACGAGACCUUUCUAGUGUUUGGACGUGGGAGGGCUAUGAUGCUUGGGAAGCAUCCUGGCGUCUUUCUUUUUUACAAGAGAUUGAAGACUAUGUGAUUUGUGAACUGAGCGAGUUUGAGAAGAUGACAGUGGCUCGCAACUUUAGCUUGUAUGCCUUCCUUACGCUUGAGAAAACAGCUGAGCGUCUUGCUCAAUUAAAUCUCUUAACUCUUCAAUUGUUGUCCGUGGAUCUUUCGAUGACCGUCGCUGAAUCCGUUUUGGUUCAAAUGACUGCUAUUUAUUUAGAGCAGCAAGUCGUUACUGCCGCUUCAAAACAUUCGGUCAAAAAAAUUCCUCUAGACGAGAAUUCUUUAAAAUUAUUCUUUCCAAAACAUAGUCUUCAAACAACACAACAAACACAGUUGCAUUUCUUAACGGGUGAAUGUGAACUGUCAAAGAAUAAUUUACGCCGUUUGAAAUCUUGUGAACGAUUACGCCGUGAAUUUGGCGUUUUUGUGCGACCUUCUCAAAUAAGACUUGAUGACACGCCAAAACACGUCAUGUCAUCCUUUCCAGUCAAUGGCUCUUAUGAUUCUAAACAAUUAAACUCAUUUAAUCUUUUGGCCCGGUGGAACACGACUUUAGAAACGCAAUCUUUAAAACAUGCAAGAAAUGAAUUUCUCCAUUUAACUAAGAAAUGGAGUCCACAGCAGUAUGCUUCCAGUUUAAAUGUAUGUCAAACGACUGAAGCCAAUGAGCAUGCUGCCGAGUUGAGGAAGUCUAAAGGAGAGGUACCUUGUACUGGAAACAGCGAACACAAAAAGAAAAGACAAAUUACUAAACUUUUACAGUUUGGUGUCUUAAUGGGUGUGGGGGAAAGUUUUGCAAGACAUCAUUCCAUUCUUCUUCUCUCUUCGCAUUAUUUAACAAAUGUGAAUAGCGACUUAUUAACGCGGCUUUUAACGGAUUUAGAAAGAAACUCGACUUCACGAAACGCUUCUGAUAUUUUGAGAAUGCUUCGGAUCUUGUUACCGAGUUUACAAGAAAUGUGUGAGGAUGCGCGAAAAUCCAUAUCCGUUUUAGUGUAUUUAUCUCAAAUUUUAAAUGUUGCUUGUUGUUGUUUGCGCUUUCUACCACAAAACGAAUUAAAAGACGCCAUUGGAUUUUGUAGUGAUAUACUUUUAAUUCUUCAAUUUCUUGUUCAGUCGGACUUAUUAGAUACCGCAUUAGAUUCUUCAUCAAAUGAUGUUUCAUUCGAUACCUCAAAUGUACACUUUUCAAUUUUAUCAAGACUUUUUCUACCUUUAUUAUGCGAAAAACCGAGCGAUUUAGAUGCCACUGUUUCAAACGCAGUGAAAAAUACCGAUAAUUUUCUUCCUGCUGUGUCUCAACGAACCUUUGACAACCGUUCUUUGAAAUUGUUUGAUACUCAGUUUCAUAAUAUUUCCUCUCUCUAUAAGAAACAAGAAGCUCUUUACGAUUCUAUGAAAUUUUUGCUUUUACGACUCAAAAUUACGUCUGAGGGUGAAAAUCAUCAAGAAACAUUGAAUGAAUUACGUCAUCAUGUCGCGUUCAUUGUAAAAAAAUUACUAGAUCAUGAAAGUUAUGAACUGGUUAUAGGAUUCCUACUAAAGUUUCCUGAACCCAACUCAACCUUUAAUCUUUUGAAACAAGCAGCUAUUCAUCUUUUAUCGAAAGUUAUUUUUUCCCGUGACACUUUCGAUUACGAACUGGGGGCGGGGUUGUCCUUAUUACUAGGUCGUAGUGAAGUCUGGAGUCGGUUUCUAAAUGCUCUUCCGACGAUUCGGCACGUUUCGCGGCUAAUGUUUUAUUCCCGUUUAGUUCUUGACGUUGGGUUCCUUUUGCAAACGCCUUACUUUGUUAAGAACACACUUCAAGUAUGGAUUCGAGCAAAAUGGAGAACUCAACUAAAUAUGUUGGGAUGUCAUUAUGAUGUCAAAAGAUUUCAAGAGGUCCAAGAACAGCCAGGAGUAGCCUGUAAUACGUACCAAAAAGAAUUAUUACCUCAUUUGAUCUGCACAAGCAAUUUUAAUCUUUGUUGUGUUCAACAUUACGCUAAAGAUUUUCAUAUUUCGGAAACGGAACUUCUUUCAUGCUGGUUGAAACUUCUAUUAAUUCAUUUACCAGCUGUUCAACAUAAAUAUUUUUCACAAAAAUAUAUCCAUCAAGAUCCCAGUGUGUGUGAAGAAAACCAAAGUUACGUUUUUAAAGAGGAAACUACACUGACAACGUCGUAUCGGUCGUCGACUUGUUUGCAGCCAACAUGGAAUCUUCAACAUUCUUAUCGUCAACUGCUAUAUCCAGUUUUAUAUACUUUACCAAAAGAGAAAAUUGAAGAGAUUCUAGAAAAAGAAUGUUUACCUCAUAUUAGCCCUUACGACUAUGAUACGCUUGAAUUUGUUUUAAACUUUAUUAAGCAUAAACCGGCAGCCCGAGCUGCUUUAAUGGUUUUACGACAUGUUUAUUCUUAUAUACGUUCGGAUGUACCGUCUGAGGAAGAGAUGAAUAACUGGGGUAAUGAACUUAUCAGGCCCGCUUCAGCUAUUGAGAAAGAAUUUCAGAAACAACGUCUUCCUUUUCAUGCGCUGAUGCAGCGACCUUGGUCCUUACUAGGCCCUCUUAUAAGUGAUUCGACUCUCAAUACAUUUUUGCCCUUGUAUUGCUUAAAAUUAAGACGAGACGAUUUCCAAAUGCAACUUUUAUGGAAUUUUAUAAAGGAUGUUCGCCAAACCAAAGGGAAUACCUUGGCCUUUUUAAGAGGGUCUCGUUGGAACUUUUCAACAAUGCAACCUAAGACAAAAACAGAAGCUGAUUAUCAAUCGUUUUUUUUUUCUGAAGAACUUUUCACAAUACAAAUCAAGUUAAAACAAUUAUUUCAGGAUUGCUUUGCUAUCAACCAAGACCGCGGUAUUGCAGCUGGUUUAUUAAUACUGGAGAACACAAAUCUUCUUCCUUUCGGUCAAUUACAAGUAGCGAUUGCUGAAUUGGUUGCUGAACGAUUGACGAGUUUAGCUCAAAACAAUGGGCCCGAAACAACCCAGUAUACUUUUUCAAUUAGUGUGGAACAGGCACUUCCACCUUACCUUUCGAAAGAAUUAAUGAUGACCUAUAAACGUUUAGGUUGCACGACACCUAAUACGCUUACAGAUCGUUCUUGUGUAGAAACUUGUUCAAAGUUAUCACGAACUUUGGACGAAGCAUUAAGAGAAGCUGGAACAUUGCGAUCGCGUUGGACACUUGUCGAAGCGGGUCUAGGACUCUUUGCGGAUUUGUUACCUGAGUGUUCUUUACUAUGCAUUCAUGCAUUAUAUUUUUAUUUAGCCCCUAUACUUUUACGUCCAAGCUUUAUAGGUUUACAUAACGAAGAUCAAUUACACGUUUACGUGAGUUUAUCACAACAUCCGUUUCUUAAUGAUUUUGAAACAAGAGUCGCCAAUCAUACACAAGAAGACAAUGCUAAGGGUAGAGACCAACAUUGCAUCACCGACGUGUGUUGUGCCCCUGACGGAAAAAAGCUUUUCACACAUCAUCAUUCCUCCAAAACGAUUCAUGCACUCGUAGAUACGAUAUGUCAUGGGUGUCACUUGAAUUCCAAAAUAGCUAGAGCUCUUCUUUUACGUCGAUUAAUUAAAGCACCGUUUUGGACACCCUUAUAUGUUAUUUCUCUUUUAGAACGAAAUAAAAAUGCUUAUAAAGAUCAAGAUAUCAUUGCGAUGAUUGGCUGUUUACCAAGUCUUGAAACAUUAAUAAAAGCUAAGGAAAUUUUACAAAAAAUUGAGAAGUCAACUUUAACGGAAGGUUUUGAUACCAUGUGGUUUGCACCUUUUCAUUCUAUACGAUCCACACUACCCGGAACUGUUGAACGACAAACAAAAUUGACAUUCGGUCAAAGUCUUGUUGAAGUGGUUUCCAAGCAUCGUCAAUAUUUGAUUGUGCAUGGUAUGGAAAGUCGUAAUUUUAUUAAAUUAGCUCUAGAAAUCGCUUUGAAAAAUGAACGAGUUUUAUCUACCACCUCCAGAACAUUAAAUUUAUUAUACAGUGCUGAAUCCACACAAUGCAUUCAUGCUGUUUAUAAAGAGUCUCCAGAGAAAAUUAUGGAUUUUUGGAGGCACAGUUUGUUUUUGGACGCUUUCGAUAGUUUAGGAAUCACAUUGCAAUUAGGCAAUUUUAUUAAAACGGAUAAAGCUGGUUUAGCAAGAGCUUUUUGGCGUCAAUCAAGACAAAUCACUAUGACAAUGAUGCAAGGUGAUGAGAUCCAGCAACAAGCGUAUGUAUUACUACUGAUUGUUUCUCUUUCUCUUAAUUUCAACGUCAAGGAUGCUCGUUUGUUUUCCCGCGUACUAGCCAAAUUGUUAGCUAUCGUACGAAUGUGUACACAUCGAUGUUAUCAAAAUUAUGAAACUAUGUCUAAAACGUUACAAGAUCCCAGUGUUGAAUUCCUAACGCACUCUUAUGGCGAUACGAUACCGUUCCGAAAAUGUUUGCAGGCAGUGUUUUGUACUUGUUUAAGCCAGGAUCAUACCGGGAAUUACGACAAGGAGUUUGUGUCUGUUUUAGAUACAUUUUUACAAGCUCCAGCUGUGGAUUUGUUACAUCUUUUACAGCGCAUGACGUCCACCAGUUCAACUCAUGUUCUUCUAGAGUAUAAUCCUUUUGAUAUUUGCCCGACUUUUCAAUGGUAUUACUUAACCCCAAGCUUACUCCAUACAAGUACUUUUUUACAUUUACAUCAAAGUGCUGAUAUUGCUUUGAAAUAUUUUCAUGUGGUUCACUUUUUAAAUGAAUUUCUUCAAGCCAUUUUUCCUCCACAAGACCAACAUGCAGUACUCUUUGGUUCCUUUUCUUCUGUUAGAGAAACUUGCAAACUUUCUUCAUCGUGCCAAGAGACUCUUGUUCAUCUUGAAGUGCUAUUACAAAAAUUUGUGACUCUUGCCCUGUUAGAUAAUCUGCUGGUUUCUUCUAUUAAGCAUUCUUUCUCUCUCGAGUUCUUGUUUUGUAACUCUAUAGUGCCAAACCAGACGAAUUGUGCAGUGCAAGAACAAUAUCCACUACCACUCUCACAAAACCUUCUUUUUACACUACUCCAAUUUCAAGUUAUAUCUUGUCUCACCGCAUACCAAUGUUUUGAAACUUCGGUACAAUUUAUACCAAAUCAAAAAAAACAUUAUCAAGACUUAUGCAAUCACUACUUUGGCGCUCUUCCCAUUUUUUUACUUUUACUCGUGUGUAUGGCUCCAUCAUUACACACAAAAACAAAACCAUUAACACUAUUCUUUUCAAAAAUUAUUGUCAAGAAUCCUAAAGCACUCUUUCAAAUCACCUUAUUUUUCCCUUUAUUGAAUGACUCCACGCGAUCUCUUUAUUUCACGUUGCUUCACAAUCAAGCUGAAUCUUUACAAUUACAAUUACCUCCCUUCUUUCAAGCUUUCGUAAAGACCAUUUCCCAUUGAAGACCGUGUCUUUUUGUUUCUCAAAAAACAAAAGGUCACUCCUUUUCGUACUGCGAUACAGAAAUGCAAUAAAAAAGCUUAUUUAUUUUAGUCGAACCGUUAAAAAAGUCAGCCACACUUUUCUGGCAUCCUUUCUUAUCAAAAGUUGAAUUUUGUUAAGAAGUGAUUCAUGUUUCUACUUUACUCUAUGAACAAUUCUUUUUUUGGCUAUAUUAAAAUGGCCUUGUCAAAAAAAGACAAUUUCUUGUUUUUUUUCUAUUCUCAUUUUCUUGAAACAACCAACAAAAGUAAACACUUACGUGUCGACACGCGAUUCAA